AUGGGUAACAAAAUAUCUACAGAAGACCAUAUCUUUCGUUUAAAAUUAAAAACAAAAGAAUUAGAAAAAUUAUCUCAAAGGUCAGAAUUAGAAGAAAAAAAAUUAAUUGGAGAUGUAAAGAAGGCUAUACAAGCAGGAAAAAUUGAGUUGGCCAGAUUAUAUGCUGAAAAAUGUAUAAGAAAAAAAAAUGAAAAAGUUAACUAUUUGAACCUAAGUAACAAAUUGGAUGUACUUGUGUCUCGAUUGGAAGGCGCACAUCGGUGUGCUUCGCUUGUAAAAGAUGUUGGGGUAAUGAUUCCUCUAAUACAAAAAAUAAAUGCAGAAACGAAUGCAAUUAAAAUAGGGAAUGAUGUAACUAAGCUGGAAAAUAUUUUUGACGAAAUAAGCAUCAGUACUGAAUUAAUAAAUGACACCGUUCAAACCUCCUCCGCAAUAAGUGCACCAACAGAAGAGGUUGACGAAUUAAUAUCAAAAAUUGCCGACGAACAUGCCUUAAAACUAGACGGACAAAUCGGAUCUGUUCAUCCUAUAAAUAAGCACCUAGAAGAAAUAUCUAAUAUGAGUGAAAGGAUAAAAAACUUGAAAUGA